GCGGGCCUCUAAGAAUAAAAUAACCCAAUUUUUUAAAAUAAAAAAUUUUAAUUUUCCAAAAUAAUAGUAAUCAAAUACAUACAUCAAACCAAAUAAUAUUGUAAUAAUAUAAAAGAACGAAAAAAGUUUUGCAUAAGAUAAAUGAAUGAGUUUUGUGUCAAGUGAGAAAAGAAACAAAUUUUAAAGUGUUAAAAAUGAUAAUAAACAAAGAUACAACAAUAACAGGCCAACGAGUUAUUUUAAUCCCUUAUAAGAAAGAUCACGUAUUAAAAUACCAUGAGUGGAUGAAAUCAGAAUCACUGCAGCAGUUAACUGCAUCCGAACCCUUAACUUUGGAGCAAGAAUAUGAAAUGCAAAAAUCAUGGCUCAUGGAUGAAAACAAGUUAACUUUCAUCAUUUUGGACAAAGAAAAAUUUGCAGAAACUAACAAUGAGAUAGAAUCUAUGAUCGGCGAUACAAACUUAUUCUUUGGGAAUGCAGACGAUAGACUUUGUGCAGAAGCAGAAAUUAUGAUAGCAGAAGAAUGGGCUAGAAGAAGAAAGUGUGGCUGGGAAGCCAUGUUACUUAUGAUGCUAUAUGGAAUAGAUAAUUUAGGUGUAAAACAGUAUAUUGUAAAAAUUUCAUACUUGAAUCCCAUAAGUAUGAAAAUGUUUGAAAAUAUGGGCUUUGUUGAAGUAAGCAGAUGUGAUAUUUUUCAAGAAAUAACUCUGAGUAAAUUAGUCGAUCAAAUGUGGAUAACUUGGAUAAGGAUGACUUUAGGAGAUUUUAAAGUAGCAAAUAUGUCCUAAUAAUGAAAUAAACGAAUAAUUUAGUCCACUCCAUCAAUUUUUUACAUUUAUUACACCUUUCGAAUAUAAUCUUUGAUAAUUGUUAUAUACAGAGGUUUAUUUUUUUUAAAGUUAUAGGAUUUAUUUUUCUAAUAUACACAGAGAUAAGAAAUGUAUUUUUAUUUACAUUUAAAGACUAUCAAACACACAUUUUUCAUUGUUUGAUAAAAAAAACUAUUAAAUUAAUAAAUGCAAUUAUAAAGGUUAAACCAUAAGUUAACUUUGUUUAAAUUUAAAAAUUAAACUAUUUUCUUUGUUCUAAAAAUUUUCUUUUUCCUUCUUCUAUCACUUCCUGGUUUACACCGGUUUUUACAAAUAUUGAAGUUACUCCUAUUUCACUAAUAUCUCGUAUAUUACGUUGUUCAUCAUCAAAAAAUAUCAUUUGGUUGAAGCUAACUCCAGAUUGAUUUUUAAUCCUG